CUCACAUCACUGUUGACGAACUGGGAGACACGGAUCAAGUCGGCCAUGAAUACUUGGUCGCUUCUCAAUGAGAUGAUAGCGAAAACUAAAAAUAUUGAUCGUAGUGCACCGUUCAAAUGCCCGGAGACUUGUCCUUUGAUUAUUUCCUAUUCACUUUUGGGGAAGUCCUCAAGCACGCUGUACGCAUGUCGAACGGUGCUGCGGGCCUCCCAUCCCGAGCAAAUACUGCAGGCAGACCGCUUUUAGCUUUCACUAGCACUGUGCUUCCCUCCUUCAGAGCGCAGGAAAGUUCCAAAUUUCCGACAACUGAUAAGCUUCUGCCAAACUUGAGGUCUGCUUCCCGCCGCAUGAUUAUCGUAACAUCACGCCCGCUGGCCAAAAAUUCAUUACAGGCACCCACCCUUAUCAUAGUAUAGUCUGAAUAAUCAUUUGCUUUUAUUCGAACCUCCAUCAUGACGAUCAAACUUCGUUGCUUUUUGAGCUUACUAUGUGACGUAGCGGACUUCGCGCCCGGGCGAUUUGGAUACGCAUAUAAGCGGCGCCCUUCAGCCCUCCCUCCGUCACCAACAACCCUCCUUUCACCAAGCUGUUCUACGAU